AGUAGAGAGAAGGAGCGUUGUAGUUUUCUCCUCUGUAAUUUUGUUUAGUCUGAGUGAGCUGUCGCUGUUAAAAAGCAGCAAUAUUACUAUUUACAGUCCUUGUGUGAGACUUUUUUCACCUGUCCUAUGGAUUUGCUGCAGCUUUUGUCAUGGGCGUGCAUCGUGUUCACAGUCGGGAUGUUCUCGACUGGACUGACCGACCUAAAGAGGAUGCGAGAAUCCAAAAGUACUGACAAUAUCCAGUUUCUACCUUUCCUCACCACAUGCCUGAAUAACCUGGGUUGGUUGUAUUAUGGGAUACUGAAGCCGGAUCAGACAAUUAUCCUGGUCAAUGUUAUCGGAGCGCUCCUUCAGAUCGUUUACAUCAUCACAUACAUCCACUACUCAAAGCAAAAGAGGUCGGUGAUGUCCCAGACGCUUACAGCAGGCGCGGUGCUCGCCGGCGGUUGGUUUUACUUUACCACGUUUCUUACUGAGGGAGACGCUCGCCUCAGCCAGCUGGGCUUAACGUGCAGCGUGGUCACUGUCAGCAUGUACAUGUCCCCACUCACUGACCUGGUGAACAUAGUGCGGAGUGGUGACGUGCAGUGCUUGUCCUUCCCCCUGACUGUUGCCACCUUUUUCACGUCAACCUCUUGGGUGUUCUAUGGCCUACAGCUAAAUGAUAACUACAUUGUGGUUCCAAACACUCCUGGGAUCUUCACCAGCCUCCUCAGGUUUUUUCUGUUUUGGAGAUUUGCUUCUGUCAAUCAAAGCUCACCUUCCUAUAAGUCUAUGCCAUUGUAAGGGCGUUGGUUAUGAAACAGAUUGCACACUUUUGUUUACUGCAGUGAAACUCUGCCGUCACUCGCCAUGGGUUCGGGAACAAACUGCUAUUGGGUGACACUACUUAUGAAUUGGAGGUAACGCCUGACCUAUUUUGUGUCAUUUUCAGGUAGAACAAUCAUGAGGUCUUUAAUUUUAUUUAUAGACGUGUUCCUUGUGUUAGGUGGUCUUUGCCGUUAGAGAUUAAUGCUUUUAAUGCAUUCAUCUCACCUGAUACAAGCCAAAGAUUCUGUGGAAUUACAAGUUGUUGUUAAUACAAGUUUUCCACAUCUAGUAUAAAAUGGUGAACUGUGUACUAUAUAUAUAU